AUGCCACUCUCUGGACCAAACACAGCUAAUAGCUUGAACGGUGGAUCUACUCGUGGCUCCGAGUACUUGUGCACCGUGGAAAAUGUCACCGCAGAUGCUUUUGCUAGUGACAAAGACCGAGCGAAGGCACUUCAAGCAACGUAUGAAGCCAUCGCCAGGUUGGAGUCACCUUGGGAGACCUUCAUCAGAAUCCAGGCAAACAUGGCACAGCAGUCUGCUGUUACACUCGGGUUCAAGAUCAUCAAAGAUGUGGGUUUGAUGCCCAAGUGGCACGAGAAAGGCAACAUCCCUAUGACAAGCGCGCAGCUCGCCGAGCUGGUCGGAAACUGUGAUCCUCAGCUUCUCCGUAAGUUUUGCCUUAUCCUAUUGGCCAUAAAAACCAUCCAUGAGAGAUUUCUUACUGCCCAAGAUCGAUUUCUCCGGCUUCUGGCCUCGAACGGCUUUCUCGAACAGACCCCAGACGAGAAGUUCAAACCGAACCGGUUCUGUAUUGAACUCGCAAAUCCGGAUUUCAACAUGCUCACCGACUUCCAUUAUUUAAUUUGCGAAAAUGCAUAUCGUCUCAUGCCUGAAUACCUAGCCGAGAGAGGCUACAAGAAUCCCACUGAUCCACACGACACCGUGGUAAGAAAAUCCACCGGCCAUAAUGGAGACCUUUGGUCGUAUAUGAAGCAAAAUCCAAAGAUUGGGGAGUCGUUCAACAUUGUCCAAAAGCUCUCGACAGCCAUGGAGCCAGCCUGGACAGACAUCUAUCCUCCCCAAAAUUUGGUACACGAAUCUGACCCCAAACUUCCGCUCUUUGUCGACGUAGGCGGUGGCAUUGGUCAGGACCUUUUAAAGCUUUACAAUAUGUAUCCUGAAGAAGCCUCGAGGCUAUACCUCGAAGAUCUUGGAGAAGUCAUUGCUGAUGCAGACGCAAAGUCGAUCAUUCCCGAUGCCGUCAACAGGCUGGAAUACAACUUCUUCACGCCACAGCCAGUAAAGGGUAAAGUUCCAAACACAGAGCCAGCUGAGCAGGGUGUUGACUGUGUAACAGAUGCACGUGCAUAUUAUCUACGUCACAUCAUUCACGACUGGCCGGAUGAAUCAGCUCGAGAAAUCUUGCACAUGCAGAAGAGUGCAAUGAAGCCUGGUUACAGCAAACUGCUCAUCUAUGAUCAUGUUCUCGACGACCAAAAAUGUCCCUCGAGCGCUGCUGCGUACGAUAUUGCAAUGAUGGUACAUUUGUGUGGACAGGAGCGCACAGAGAAACAAUGGCUGGCGUUGUUCGACUCUGUGGGACUCAGGGUAACCAAGCUCUGGAAAAAGCCGCCAAGCACUUCCAACGUAAUCGAACUUGAAGUCCCGCUAUCUUAG